GAGCACACAUCAAAACUCAUAAGGUACGGUCUUUGUGAGACCUACAUCUUUAUUUCCGUAUUAUUAUAUGGGGCGUUUUUGGUGCCGGCGAAGGACGCCACCAAGCAGGCUAGUUGAAGCCAACCCUUCCGUUACUUUCUUUAUUAGAAAGGAAGGCUGCUUGUGUUCGGGAACCCCCAUAUUCAUGCCGGGCCCUUGUUUAAAUAAUCAUAUCCCCUCAUCGAGCGCGACGGAACCCCAUAAAACGAUACAAAAAAAAAGACGAUGAUAUACUUCACGAAAAUAUAAGAAACAAUGCUAACUUCACUGAAUCUUAGACAGAGGAGCUCACGAGGCUACAAGUCGGGGACAAGAGCUCCUCGCCCGUGAACCUAAUCGUCUCGACGAUUAUCGAGGCCGAGCGGCUCGUACCCCUAUUAAAGGAGUACCAAGAGAAAGGACGGAAGGUCAAUGUGAGCUCACCUUACCCCCCUAUUUCCACAAAACAACUUCAAAUCCUAACCUUUGAACAGGUACUCUACUCCUUCCCCCUCUAUGCCAGCGCCCUCCCGCGCCUCUCCUCAAUAUCCACCGCCCUAGGCCCCGGCGCACUCACCAUAAUGAUCGACCACAUCGACCAAGUCCCGCUCCUCGCCACACUAACCUCGACCUCCGGUGGUAACGCCCCACUAGUCUUCCUAAAAGUAAACAUCGGCAGCAACCGCGCCGGCACAAUCCCAAACACACCCUCCAGCACAUCCCUAAUAACCGCCCUCCUCGCCUCCGAAACCGCGGGUACCUGCAUACUCCACGGCGUAUACAGCCACGCAGGCCACUCCUACGCAACCCGUACCGACUGGGCCGCAAUGCAAAUCCUAAGCGACGAGUUCUCCGGUCUCCAAUCCGUAGCCUCCACCAUCCAAGCCCUUCGCCCGGAGCACGCUCCCUUAGUCCUAAGUGUUGGUGCCACACCCACAGCAACCACAAUCCAACACCCGGACCUAUCCUCCCCUACUAAUAGCGACUCAACCCCAGCUGAAGCCCUAACAACACACCUAAAAUCCCUCCUCACAACCCUCAAAACGUCCAACUUCGCCCUCGAAGUCCACGCCGGCGUCUACCCCACAUUGGACAUGCAACAACUAGCCGCGCACGCGCGGGACAUAACCCUGCUAAACUCCUCCUUGAUCGCCAUAAGCGUGCUCGCGGACAUCGUAUCCCUAUACCCAACCCGCGGUCCCAAUUCCUCCACCGAAGCCCUCGUAAACGCGGGUAGCCUGGCCUUAGGCCGAGAGCCAUGCGAAGCGCUAGGCUCAGGGGAUUAUUGCGCGUGGGGUAUGGUUAUGCCGUGGGGUGAAUUAGUCAAAGAAGAAGGGGAUGGGGGGAAGAAAUAUCCAGUCCCCGGCCCGGAUUUCCCGGCUGUGCAUGGUGGUUGGGAAGUCGCGAAGAUCAGCCAAGAGCAUGGGGUCUUGCGCUGGGAGGGAAAGAAUGAAGAUGAAGUACCGUUGCAUGUCGGACAGCGAGUGCGGAUUUGGCCCAAUCACUCGUGUAUUACGGGGGCUGGACAUGCGUACUAUUUAGUAGUUGAUAGCCGGAACACGGGAAAGGAAGAUGAGAUUGUGGAUGUCUGGGAGAGAUGGAACGGCUGGUGAUGAUACCUACCCCCUGAUAGCGGGAAAAUAAGAGAAUCGAAAAAGGAGGGAGCAAAAGGGGAAUUAUGAGAUCAUUUGAACGUUGAAAAAUUAGCUCCCUUACAGAUACCUCACACAGGGUGCCAAGGUGCCUA